AUGACAACAAUUCCCGCUAAGGAGCACAAACUACUCCGGGCAACAUAUUUGAUUCGAAACGCUUUGAGCAAACCAAGUGCUCUCAGCAAGCAUUUACUUGAACCCUUUGAACGAAUUCUUACAGCCGAAGAUCAAUUAUUUUUGAAUAACUUCCUUGAAAAUAAUGAUUUGAAAAAUAUCCUCUUGCUUAUCGAUACAAUUACUAGAUUGACUCAAAGCGUACCAGGGUCUCCAAAUAGCAAAAUCACCACAAAUUUGCGACCAUUGAUAUCGAAACUUAGACCAGAAAAGGGUGUUGAUCGGAAUUGUCUGGUUGCUUUGAAUGAUACUUGGAAUGAAAUUGAGGGUCUGCUAACAAAAUCUCCCGGACAACAAUAUCCAGAUGCUCAAGAAUUAUACGAUAUUCUUUCCGAUGAAUUUAUCAGGAUGUCCCAGCAUUCAAUUACCAGUAACAGUAAACUUGACACAAAUUCAGGAAACGUGUUGUCGGACAUUGGUUUGAAAUCUUUGAAUCGGCAUUUCGUCGAUGGACUCUUUAUUGUUUCCACAUACUUUGCUGCCAAAAUUUGA